AUGAUCUCACCGUUCCAGAUUUUCAUUUUGUUUGGGGUAGUGAACUUCUCUCAGGCUUUACCGGCAUAUAUACCAGUACAGAAUUGCUCCUCGACCCUCCACUCGACACUCACAACAUUCACAACUUUCUUGCCCACCCUCUUCCCGUCGAUGCCAAUACCGCAGAACACAUCCAUCGCAGCUACGCCGCCCUCGAUAUCUACAUCCACUCUCUCACCUCCAUGCAAAAAUACAACUCUUGCCCUCUCACCUACUCUAUCGACUGCCAGAGGGGUACUUGUAGUAACUACAACUGUAGACCGUCACCACUUCGUGGAGGUUGCACCAGUGACAGUCACUACUAUAGAGAAAGUGACGGAGACAAAGUCAGAGAUGCAAAUGGUGACGGAAACACAGACUCAGAAGGUCACAGAGACAAAGAUGGUCACCAUAACAGCCAGUGGUGGGAUGGAACAAGUUACGGAGACAUCGGUGGUUACUGUGACAGAGAGCCGCGCAACAGGGACGGAGGAGGGAGUAGGGAGUACGAUAAUUCUUCUGCCGCUACCUAGUAGCAGUAUUACAGAAGCUGUUACAACCAUGACUACGAUUGCGAUUAUCACUACGGACGUAACCUCGGUUGUGACCGCUAUUCUCACGCCUACUAGUACCGAAGUUAUAGAUGUAACUACUACGGAGCAGGCUACAGACAUACCCACCACUCAAGUUACUAUAUCAAGUACAAAAAGCGGCCAAACUACGACCCGAGACACUACAUCUCCAGAACUGACGAGCAGCGUACAGCCAGUUCCCAUACCAACACCUACCGAAACUAAUAUUAAACCUACGAGCACUGCUGAGCCUGCACCGGUGAUAACAGCAACUCCCGAGCCCACAUCAGAAGUUGACAGUGGUUUAAGAUCAUCCACUCUCCUUCGCAUCUCCAUAAGCCGCCUCUCCCCUCCCCCAGCACCAGCCUUUGAGACUGUAGCACCAAUAGCCACAGAAACACCGAUCGUCACAGCACCACCGGUGGCAGCGGGGGAUGAUGAUUCGGAGACACCGUCAAAUCUACCGGAUUGGGAUGAUGUGAAGGGCUUUGCAAAUACAUUCACCGGCGCCUAG